AUGGAAGCAAGAAUGGCUAUAUUUUUUGCAGUAGCUAUUACACUCGCAGGACUUGGUUUUAUUGUUGGAAAGCCGAUUAGACAACUUGAAGUUGAGCCUACACAAGAAUCUCGGGCUACGGAAUCUGAACUAGUGGUGAGUAAUGAUUCUUUUUCAUUGUGUUAUUGAUUAAGAGCAGAACGAAGAGUUAUGACAAAAUUAAGAAACGCAGCAGUGGUGUGCGAAUUUGCUCCAGGCGUUAUAAGGAACCUUUUUUGAGUGUGGUUAGCCUAGAGAUCAGCUGAUGAAGGGGAUAACGUAAACAAUAAAAACUGCCAGAAACCUGCCCAUUUCUAUACUUCGGUUUUUUCUGGGGAAAUUGUUUAAAGUGAAAAGCUUAAAAUUGCACAAUCGUUGCCUUUAAUAAUGCAGCAUUCCUUGUAGCAUUGAUCCAGCUGUGUCAAUGGCUUGCAAAUGUACUCGAUAUUGUUUUCAUAGAAUACCUCCAAAUUCCUCUUUCUUUCGAAGAAUAUUUACAAUUUCGAGGCGAAGGAUAUUCAAGACGAAUAUUUUUCUUUUCUCGUCUUUUCUAGUAGCUCUUUUUUACAUCGUGGGAUCUACUACAAUUCAGGAGAUCAGUGGUGACCAUGCAAGCAUAUCUAAUGUCUUUCAGAAGCGCGCGUCUAAUCACGGUGUUUGAAAGUGAUGGGACUAAUGCGUAAAAAAUAAAAAUAAUAAAAAAGUGUCCUUCAACCUGUCAAAACAUAGAAAGCUAACAAUUUUAAUCUUGGAAAAUUCUUCGGUUAUAUCAAUAUCCGGAAAAGAGGUUAGGUCGUUCGUGACCACAGUGGAUAUGAUGAGAGCAUGCUAUUGUCUCCACACCGUACAGGAAAUUAAUAUCAGUUGUUGACUACUCGUCAUUACAAGGCAUAAAACACGCUUAAAACAGCAUCGUAAAAAAUAAUUGGUCAUUUUAUGUUAAUUUGCAGGAUUAUCUCAUAAAAUAUGGCUAUCUUAAACAACCGAAUCACAGAAUUGGAAACGCACUUUCGAUGGAGGAAUUACAAGCAGCCAUCAAGAAAUUGCAGCGAAUUGCGGGUUUAAAAGAAACCGGCGAUAUCUCUGACCCCAAAACACUUGCUAUGGUAAAGAAGCCAAGAUGUGGAGUGCAGGACUUUGGUCCAUCCGACAUAGCGCGGAGAAAAAAGAGAUACGCCCUUGAAGGAAGCUACUGGAGAAAAACUGUAAGUAAACCCUUUAGAUAUAACUUGCGCAUGUUGUUGCCAGAAAAGAAGGAAAUAUGUCAGCAAUAUGAAAGAGAGAAGAAAAAUAAAAAUAAAAAUCAGAUGUGUAAACUAGAAUUCGCCACUUUAGGAACGGGAAUUCGAAGGCCGAGAGGGAGACUGGACCCAAUUAACUUCCGCAAAGAAAGUAUGGGACUAAUACUGGGGACAGGGAAAAAUUUGGCCAAUAGCAAGAGAGAAUGAAAUCAUUCUCUCUUGCUAUCGGCCAAUAGAUGAUCUGCACGUUCCAGUAACGAUCCGAGAAACGAUCCUGGGAACGAGGUUAGGUUAAACUGGGCAUUAUCCAAAAACAAGCAAAGACACAAUCGGGUUCAUUUUUGAUGAUUCGUUAGUAAAUGAAAAUUGCUUUGAUUUUGCAGGAUCUUACCUACAGAAUUGAAAAAUACUCAAAUGAUCCCGACCUCAAAAAGGAAGACGUGGACAAGACAUUCGAGAAGGCGCUUGAAAUGUGGUCCGGCGUCAGUGGACUGACAUUCAAGCGAGAAAACGACCUCAAAGUUGAGCCUGACAUCAGAGUCCUAUUUGUAACUGGUUAUCACAACGACUCCAGGCCAGCGGAUGGCCCCGGAGGCGAGCUAGCACAUGCGUUCUUCCCUGGCCCAGAUAACACUGGCCUUGACGGUGAUAUACACUUGGAUGAUGACGAGAAAUUUACUAUCAAUGGAGGCAAUGGGGUGGACCUACUUUGGGUAAUGGCUCAUGAACUGGGGCACAGCCUUGGUCUGGACCACGCCUAUCACCCUGACUCGGUAAUGUUCGCCUUCUAUACGGAACAUAUUCGCGACCUAAAGUUGGACAGUGACGAUAUUGAAGGAAUCCGGAAAAUAUACGGUAAGUUGGAUUAUAAUACUUUUGGCAGGAGCUGACGUUUGGCUCUUCUCUCUACGAUUAGUAUAAGGAUUGUUUCCCUUGAAUGGCACUUUGAACAAGCCAUACAACACACAUAAAAAAACGGUUGACAUUUUUAUAACAUUAUAUGCUUGAUAAUUUUGCGAAUGAUGAUCAUCCCUGAGUAGAGAACAGUUGUGACGUGUCGAGUAGUCCAAACAGUCGUCAAUCUAAACAGAAAAAAAGAGAAGAAAAACGUCUCUUUCAAGAGGAUUUUCAUCACUUAUGAAAGUAUGAAAGUCACUUCUUAAAUCGCUAUCGUUUGAUCUACAGGGUUACCUGGAGUUGAAAGAGUUACUCCCUCCCCUCAGCCAACACCUAAGACAUGCAGCAAUGUCAAACCAGAUGCAGUGGUUACAACAGCUGAUAAGAGGACCUAUAUCUUCAGUGGUGCUCACUUCUGGGAAGUAAAAGAUACCGGUGGCGCUGAUGGUCCAUUUGAGAUCAAAGACUACUGGCGAGACUUAGAGGAAAAUAUUGACGCUGCCUAUACAGUACAGGCCUUUGAUCAGACUAUAUUUAUCAAAGGAGACAGGUACGUCCUUUCAAUUUUGUCCUAGCCCUUUAACUCCAAAGACUGCUGGACUAGCAUGUCUUAUUUCCUCAAAACAUGACUUUUUUCAACAAACGUAAAGGUUCUUAGAAUUUUCAGGGAAAAAAAGAUUAUAUCAGUGAGAACAAAGGUCUGAUAUGUUAACAAAUUAUCCUUCUCAUUACUUUAAAAAUGUAUGAGGAAUGAUGUAAAGAAUUUUGGUACUGAUAUUAAUAAGCUAGGAAGAUAGACCUCUUCGCGUAAGAACCUUUAAUUUGCUAAGACCUGCAAACCGGGGGGAUACCUAUACGGGGAUUAACUGCUGGUAUGGUUUUUUUACCUCUCUGCCCUAAACAGGGUAAUUUUGUAUACGUUUUCCCCUAUACACCCAAAUAUUGGUCGAUUACCCCUCAGGCUGCAAUUCGGCAUACUGCUCCUUUGUUCCAGCCGAUUUUUCCCUCUAAAAUUUUGCUUAAGUCAAGAGUGGAGAUUGACCUUGCUUUGCUCAUUAAGUUCUCUGUAUUAUCUUCUAGGUUCUGGGUUUUCAAGAACAAAGAUUUGUUUUAUGGCCCGGCUAACAUCCAACAACUUGGCUUGACGGAGGAACUCGCUUAUAUGGAUGCUGCACUCGAGUGGAAACGAAAUGGUAAAAUAUACUUCUUCAAGGGAUCUAAGUACUGGCGCUACGAUAGAACCCGGAGCAAGCUCGACGACGGAUAUCCGAGGGACAUUUCCGUUUGGAAAGGAAUUCCGAACAAUAUCAACGCCGGCUUUCAGUGGAAGAACGGCAGAACUUAUUUCUUUAAGGAUGACAAGUAUUAUGCAUUUGAUGAUUAUCUCGUUAAAGUGUUGGAAGACAGUAACAAUCCUUACCCGCGAGAUGUAGCUUCUUAUUGGAUGGGGUGUACUAACCCAGAGGUCAACAUUGACCCGGCUGUUGGAGCAGCUUACGGAGUCCUAUCAAAUGUAAUCGUCUUAAUCACAUGUUUCCUCGUCACAUGGUUGUUUUAAAAAUGACUGCUAAGCAAAACGAACCUUUAAACUAAAAGGGUUUUAAAGAAUAUUGAACACUUGUAUAAAAGUUCGGAUAAAUUAUAAGCGAUUUCAUGUACAGACAACUCAGCUUCAGAUUGUAAUAAUUUAUCUUUAUUUAAAUAUUAUUUAUUGAGAUGUACAUAUAUAUAUGAAAUAAUUAUCAUGAACCGACUCAAGAAGUCGAGUCGAAUAAAGGGUCACUGCAGAUGAAUUUCUAAGUCUCUUGUGUCGAAUGUAUGGGUAAACAGGUUCAUGUUAAGUAAAGGAGAAGAGAUAUUUCUGCUUUAAAAACUGACCUCUUUGAAAACAUAAGUUGAACAAAAAGCGGGAGAAUAAUAUUUCACAUGCACGCAAAACAGAGUAUUCUACAUAAUUGAACUCUUCUAUUGUCAAAAUCUUAGGCUGAAAAUUUCUAACUUUCAUAAUAAUAAUAAUCAUAAUCAUAUCGUAUUGUAUCUGGAGAAACGAAGAUCACCAGACAAAAUGUCACUAGAGAUACACUGUGCUUAAAAAGCUUUCAUUUGAAUAGUUUUGUAUCACAUCGGAAGGCUUUGAAACGCUAAAGUUUUGUUGUUUUGUGUUCGAAAACAAACCCUGGGCUGACGUUUAGGAGACAAUAACCCCUUGUAAGGGGGGGGUGGGGGAUACUUAACAAAGUUAUAUAAGGGGUCCGCCCUGAGGUUCAACCCCUGGCUCUUUUAUAAAAAAGUUUUGACACAAAAUGUACUCCUUUCGUAUACCUUCUAUUGUGAAUUGGUACCCCCUUUCACAUACCUAGUUUAGAACUGUGCAUCCCUUUUAACUACUGUCAGGAGCUGUAAAUGUCCUGUCUUUCAAAUACGAUUUCCCUCCCGUUCAUAUACUUCAACUAGUGAAAUUCCUACCCUGUCAUAAAUCUGAAUGAAAAAAAUACCCCUUCCGGGUGGAGCCUCUCCGUAUAUGCCAGUCAUAGGGAGUACCUCCCCCCCGGGCAAUAACCGGAAAGCUGCGAGAACAGCAUCUGGUCUCCCCCUCUCUCAUGAGUUAACUCAUCAGUGAAAAGGUGGUUUGUCUCAGUUUAAGCUGUUGGUCAAGUUCUGAAUUCAGUUGUUCGUACUCAAUAGUUUUGCAUCAAAAACAAGCCAACGGGAAUUGCCCGUGGCUGGGAGAAGCGUUUAGAAAACUAAGUAGUGGUCGCUUACGAGAGAAUUUUUGAAACAGCAUUGGACUGAGAAACAAAACCGGGUUUGUUUCAAAAUGGUCGCUAUGAGAGAGCAAACUCUACUCUAGACGAGUAGUCCCCAUUUUUCCUCAGGGACAGUAGAGCGAGCGAAACGCGAGCGCGCGUGAAAAUCACCCCACGCGAGAAAAGCGAGACGAGAUGGCGAGAGAGAAAAAAGCGCGUCUCGCUUUUCUCGUGUGGGGUGAUUUUCAUACGCGCUCGCGUUUCGCUCGCUCUACUAUCCCUGAGGAAAAAUGGAGACUACUUGUAGUCUAACUGUGCACGGGAAAGCUUACUUACCAUUCGACUUGAAGUCAACCAGAAAACGACUCUGUUAGGAACAGCUGAACUAUUGUUAUUACUAAAGUUUUGCCUCUCUACGGACUUACAUGAGGACUCCAUUGGGACCUUUACGAACUUGUAACGUUUUCGCGUUUUCGAUCGCAGGGUAACUCUCCUAGCCGGGACAAUUUUUGUCAGAGCAUGCAUAAGCGUUAAGUCGUUAUCAGCUCUUGGUUUGGGUAAAGGCGCCAGCGCUUUUAGCACAUAAACAAUCGCUGUUGACUCGGCUGGGGGUGACCCUGUUUUCACGGGACAACUUUUCUCCAUGGCUCGGCUGGGGGUGAACCUCUUUUCCGGAACAACGUUCCUCUAUUUUUUUCUAUAUAAACAGGAGCCGAAUCGUCUCCUGAUGUAAAAUAAUGAAGCGCCUGCAGUGAAUGUAGGCCGGGGACAGGCUCCGAAGUGGGGAGAAAAAUCCAAAAAAAAAAUUGGCGAGCAAAGCGAACCGAGCGGAAGUUUGGGGAGGGGAAAGGGUGGAGGUUGGCGGAGCUCCGCCUCCCUUUUCCCUCUCCAGUGCAGAGUACGGUUCGCUUCUCUCGCCGAUUUUUUCGCUGUUUCACGUUUAAUACCUCUUUCCCCAACAGCGGAGCCUGGUCCAGUCCCCAGGCUACAGUGAAUGAAGUAAAAAAACAACCUUGCUCCACCUGAUAAUGCAAAUAUUCAGUACAGUUCUGACUUUAUUGACUGGUAAAUUAGAAAUUUUACAAUGAUUUUAUCUCAUAGAGAUGGAGUCCUCGUAAAAUUGCUCAAUAUGGAGCAACAAAGAAUAUUACGUAAAUUUUACAGAUAUCGAUGCCAAAAUUGUAAAAGGUCAGAAAACGUUGGCGAUAACUCCAGCAAUGUUUUAAACACAUAUUCGUAUUUACUAUAGAUUUUACAGCUAUCAAAACUAAGAUUAUUCUCCUCUCAUACCAGAAAAACAACGUAUGCAAAUGAAACUAUUUUCCUAAUAUAAAAAAUACUAUAUACAUUUUGUUUUGGACAAAUUAAAGAAACCAUGUCUGUCAUUAUGUACAGCUAAACGUUUUUAAAUAAUGUAACCAGCUGUGUAACCUCGUUCAGUUCCCUACACCCUGUACCCAAAUUUUUUUACACUUCGUUUUGCACUUAUACUAUGAAAAACAUGUACGAGUAUUUUUCUAAGAAAGUAAGGGAAUUGAUCUUACAUUUUCUUGUCUUGGCAGAACUUAUUUCUUUAAGGAUGACAAGUAUUAUGCAUUUGAUGAUUAUCUCGUUAAAGUGUUGGAAGACAGUAACAAUCCUUACCCGCGAGAUGUAGCUUCCUAUUGGAUGGGGUGUACUAACCCAGAGGUCAACAUUGACCCGGCUGUUGGAGCAGCUUACGGAGUCCUAUCAAAUGUAAUCGUCUUAAUCACAUGUUUCCUCGUCACAUGGUUGUUUUAAAAAUGACUGCUAAGCAAAACGAACCUUUAAACUAAAAGGGUUUUAAAGAAUAUUGAACACUUGUAUAAAAGUUCGGAUAAAUUAUAAGCGAUUUCAUGUACAGACAACUCAGCUUCAGAUUGUAAUAAUUUAUCUUUAUUUAAAUAUUAUUUAUUGAGAUGUACAUAUAUAUAUGAAAUAAUUAUCAUGAACCGACUCAAGAAGUCGAGUCGAAUAAAGGGUCACUGCAGAUGAAUUUCUAAGUCUCUUGUGUCGAAUGUAUGGGUAAACAGGUUCAUGUUAAGUAAAGGAGAAGAGAUAUUUCUGCUUUAAAAACUGACCUCUUUGAAAACAUAAGUUGAACAAAAAGCGGGAGAAUAAUAUUUCACAUGCACGCAAAACAGAGUAUUCUACAUAAUUGAACUCUUCUAUUGUCAAAAUCUUAGGCUGAAAAUUUCUAACUUUCAUAAUAAUAAUAAUCAUAAUCAUAUCGUAUUGUAUCUGGAGAAACGAAGAUCACCAGACAAAAUGUCACUAGAGAUACACUGUGCUUAAAAAGCUUUCAUUUGAAUAGUUUUGUAUCACAUCGGAAGGCUUUGAAACGCUAAAGUUUUGUUGUUUUGUGUUCGAAAACAAACCCUGGGCUGACGUUUAGGAGACAAUAACCCCUUGUAAGGGGGGGGUGGGGGAUACUUAACAAAGUUAUAUAAGGGGUCCGCCCUGAGGUUCAACCCCUGGCUCUUUUAUAAAAAAGUUUUGACACAAAAUGUACUCCUUUCGUAUACCUUCUAUUGUGAAUUGGUACCCCCUUUCACAUACCUAGUUUAGAACUGUGCAUCCCUUUUAACUACUGUCAGGAGCUGUAAAUGUCCUGUCUUUCAAAUACGAUUUCCCUCCCGUUCAUAUACUUCAACUAGUGAAAUUCCUACCCUGUCAUAAAUCUGAAUGAAAAAAAUACCCCUUCCGGGUGGAGCCUCUCCGUAUAUGCCAGUCAUAGGGAGUUAUUGGAUGGGGUGUACUAACCCAGAGGUCAACAUUGACCCGGCUGUUGGAGCAGCUUACGGAGUCCUAUCAAAUGUAAUCGUCUUAAUCACAUGUUUCCUCGUCACGUGGUUGUUUUAAAAAUGACUGCUAAGCAAAACGAACCUUUAAACUAAAAGGGUUUUAAAGAAUACUGAACACUUGUAUAAAAGUUCGGAUAAAUUAUAAGCGAUUUCAUGUACAGACAACUCAGCUUCAGAUUUUAAUAAUUUAUCUUUAUUUAAAUAUUAUUUAUUGAGAUGUACAUAUAUAUAUAUGAAAUAAUUAUCAUGAACCGACACAAGAAGUCGAGUCGAAUAAACGGUCACUGAAGAUGAAUUUCUAAGUCUCUUGUGUCGAAUGUAUGGGUAAACAGGUUCAUGUGGUGUCCCCAAAUUAGUAAGGGAUUCUUUUUUUCCCUGGCUAGACGGCUUUUGGCACUUUAAUAAAGUUUCUAUCUAUCUAUAUCUAUCUAUCACGUUAAGUAAAGGAGAAGAGAUAUUUCUGCUUUAAAAACUGACCUCUUUAAAAACAUAAGCUGAACAAAAAGCUGGACAAUAAUAUUUCACAUGCACGCAAAACAGAGUAUUCUACAUAAUUGAACUCUUCUAUUGUCAAAAUCCUAGGCUGAAAAUUUCUAACUUUCAUGAUAAUAAUCAUAAUCAUAUCGUAUCUUGAGAAACGAAGAUCACCAGACAAAAUGUCACUAGAGAUACACUGUGCUUAAAAAGCUUUCAUUUGAAUAGUUUUGUAUCACAUCGGAAGGCUUUGAAACGCUAAAGUUUUGUUGUUUUGUGUUUGAGAACAGACCCUGGGCUGGCUGACGUGUAGGAGACAAUAGCCCCUUGUAAGGAGGGGGGAUACUUAACCAAGUUUUAUAAGGGGGUCCGCCCUGAGGUUCAACCCCUGGCUCUUUUAUAAAAAAGUUUUGACAGAAAAUGUACUCCUUUCGUAUACCUCCUAUUGUGAAACGGUACCCCCUUUCACAUACCUAGUUUAGAACUGUGCAUCCCUUUUAACUACUGUCAGGAGCUGUAAAUGCCCUGUCUUUCAAAUACGAUUUCCCUCCCGUUCAUAUACUUCAACUAGUGAAAUUCCUAC